AUGUCGUCACCUUCUAUAACAUCGCUUUCUUUUGGACAACACCAGACUGGCUUCGGGAUCGGAGAGUCCCAGCCUCGCCUGUCAUGGCGAUUCACAACAAAUGAACAGACAUGCCAGGACUGGGAACAGACGGCAUAUGACAUUGAAAUCGCCCAACAUUUCUCCUUAGCACCGGAAACACAUCAUGUCAAAAGCCCCAGCUCAGUCCUUGUACCCUGGCCAAGUCAGCCCCUCAAGUCUCGGGACAUCGCCCACGCCCGGGUUCGUGCAUAUGGUGGACCAAACUCAGCUCCCACCGAGUGGUCAAACUGGAAUACUGUUGAAUGCGGCUUGCUACAUCGGGAGGAUUGGACUGCACACGCUAUCACCCGGAAUGUAAAGCAGCCCGAAGGCCCAUUGCGACCUAUCCGCUUUCGAAAGACUUUCACUGUCCCUUUCGCGAAGUUGCAGCAAGCUCGUCUUUAUAUUACCAGUCUGGGGGUGUUCCAGGCAUAUAUCAACGGUGUACCUGUUGGUGAUCAUUGUAUGGCCCCUGGUUGGACUAGCUACCACCAUCGACUCAACUAUGAGGUUUUCGAUGUUGCUUCGCUUUUGCAUGAGAAUGAAUCAGACACGAUUGCUGUCGAGGUUGCUGAAGGCUGGUAUGCCACUCGAUUGGGUUUUCAUGGUGGACGGCGGUUCAUCUAUGGGGAUGAAAUGGCUCUGAUUGCCCAGCUGGAAAUUCAAUCUGAGAACGGUGAUCAAUUUACCAUCGCAUCUGACUCGACUUGGAAAAGUCACAACUCUGCAAUUGUUAGCAGUGAGAUUUACGAUGGCGAGGUUUAUGAUGCGAUUGACGAGCAAGAUGGCUGGCACAGUCAGACCUUCGCAUUGGAAUCGACUUGGGAUACAACUCGAGAGUUGGUCUUCCCGAGUGCCGAGCUCGUGGCUCCGAAUGCCCCUCCUCUGAGAGUUACUGAAGUUGUCAAGCCGAUUCAGAUAAUUACAACACCAUCUGGAAAGAAAAUCGUCGACUUCGGGCAGAAUUUGGUUGGUCGUGUCCGGAUUUCUAAGCUCGCAGUUACCCGUGGUGCAAAUGUCAUUUUGACUCAUGCGGAAGUUCUCGAAUAUGAAGAGCUAGGAACUCGUCCUCUUCGAUUGACCAAAUGCAGCGACAAGAUCAUUUCAGCAGGCGAUGAAAUCGAUUGGGCCCCUCGGUUCUCAUUCCAUGGAUUCCGCUAUGUUCAAAUCGACGGAUGGAAUCCUGAUUCGAACAACAUCGUCGCUGACGUUAUGCAUACGGAUCUAUCUCGGACUGGUUGGUUCAACUGCUCUCAUGCUGUGAUCAACAAGCUUCACCAAAAUGCCACUUGGUCUAUGCGUUGGACUGGGGACAUCCAGGUUUUUGCCCCUUCUGCCAGCUUCCUCUAUAAUACAUCGGGCAUGCUUGGCGAUUGGCUUAAAGAUCUAUCAGCCGAGCAACUUCAAAACCCAAAUGCAAUUCCUCCAUUCGUCAUUCCAAAUGUCAUUCCUGAAGAGGCGUGGCCUUCCUUCCCACAAGCAAUUUGGGAUGAUGUGACAAUUCUACUCCCUUGGGCCUUAUACCAAAACUACGGCGAUAUUGACCUCCUUCGAAGGCAGUACCCUAGCAUGAUCGGCUGGCUAGAUCUAGGAGUCCAGCGCGGACCUGAUCGUCUAUGGGAUGAUACUCUAUUCCAGCUCGGAGAUUGGCUAGAUCCUACCGCGCCACCAGAUCAACCAGGCAACGCGCGAACAGAUGGAACACUCGUCGCUGACGCCUACCUUGUGCAUGUCACGAAGGUGAUAGCUGAGAUAAGUUCAAUGAUUGGCGAAGAGGCCAAGGCAAGUCGCUAUGAAACAGAAUAUCGAAGCCUGAAAUCGCGCUUCCAAACAAAAUACGUUACCCCGGAGGGCUGGUUAGUCGGCGACACACAAACAGCUCUAAGUCUCGCCUUAGUAUUCAAUCUACUCGAUGAUCCAAAACAAGCAUCAGCAGCAGGAACACGUCUAGCCCGCCUAGUCCGGAAAUCGAAAUUCCAGGUUUCAACCGGGUUCGCAGGGACACCGGUGAUCACACACGCAUUAACCAAAGCCGGAUAUCCUCAAUUAGCAUACCGCAUGCUUCAAGAGAAGAGUUGUCCUUCGUGGAUGUAUCCAAUUACCAUGGGUGCUACUACUAUCUGGGAACGGUGGGAUAGCAUGCUUCCUGAUGGAUCGAUUAACCCUGGUGAAAUGACGAGCUUUAACCAUUAUGCUCUUGGUUCAAUUAUUAACUGGCUUCAUAAGACGGUUGCGGGCGUUAGUCCCCUUAAGCCUGGUUGGCGGCAUAUUCUCAUUCAGCCUGUGCCUGGUGGCACUGUUACCUCUGCCGAGGCUAUCUAUGAGACUUCUUAUGGGCGGUUGGAGUGUCGGUGGGAGGUUGAUCAGGAUGGUGAGUUCCAUCUUGAGGUGCUUGUGCCGCCGAACUCGAGGGCAAAGGUUAUUUUACCGAGCCAGACUGGAGAAGAAGAAGAAGAAGAAGAAGAAGAAGAUGCUAAGUGGAUUGGAUCGGGAAACUAUUCUUUCACCAAGCCGUUUGAUAGUCAGGCUGGUUGGCCUCCAAAGGCACUGGUACCCCCAAUGUUUGAACCUGAGGACAGCUUUGUUUAA